AUGGUUUACGACAAUAAACGCCCGAGUGUUAGCCUCCCACCUGGUCUGAUAUUGUUCCCCGGAGAGACCCCCCAAUUUAUAGCGAUAACGAGUGCGAUUCAAUUGUUCGAGGCUACAGGAGACGGUGCGUUCGUGGAAUGUAAUGGCAAGGGUGGCGAACGCUGUAGCAACACGGAAAUUGUGAGCGAGCCAUGCGUUGUAAUUACCAAUUUUCGUACAUGUUUCCAACCGCCAAGUAGUCCUCCAAGCUAUCUUGUCCAAUUCACACAUCUCUCGAUUUCUCAAAUAGACACAACACCCUAUCAACUCACAAUUACCCUGAAAUUCUCUCCAUCAAAAUAUCUCUUUAAAUUCUCUAAACCCAAAAUAUCAACCCCAUCGACAUACAUUAGUGUCAAGCCAAAGAACAACUCUUCGCUAUGUGAAGAAUUUGCAGACAUACUCAAAAAACAUACCUUCUCAUCUUCAAUAGAAACCACCUUCCCAUUUAAAAUGGGAAGGCGAAUUGUAGAUGGGAUCAACGAAAAAAGAAACGAUAGAAACGAGAGUAUGGAAAAAGGGAGGAAAAAAACGUUGGAGGAUGAAAUUAUAGAUCAGAUAUAUGGCGAAGGUAGUAGUGAUGAGUCGGAUGAUGAAGUAGAGACGAAAGGACUUGAUAAAGAUGUUUAUAUGAGAGUGAGAAAGUUGGGGUGGGCAAGAGGGUAUAAGAUUCAGAAGGAGUUUGAGAGAAUGCAAAUUAACAAAGAUGUAUGGUGCAUAUCAACAGUCAACGAAGAUUUUACUCUUUCACCAACCUAUCCGCAGGAUUUUAUUUUUCCAACCCUACUUCUAAAACAGACUGCUUCCUCGUCCGACACUGUGACAGCAAUGCAAGGAACAAGUCUUCGGUCGACACCUUUAUCUAAUUCUAUUGCCGUAUCACCCUCAUUCCGUUCCACCGUAUUGCCCGAAUCAACUUCUGCCUCCAUCUCAUCCAAUCAAACUGAGACAGACUCGCUUUCAUUUUUCAAAAGCCUUUGUCGGUUUCGUUCACGCGGUCGAUUUCCUAUAUUAUGUUGGAAGCAAAAUCGUACAGUAUUGAUGCGCAGUGGACAGCCGAUGGUAGGGUUUCUCGGAACAAGAGGGCUGGCGGAUGAAUUUUUAAUACGUGAGGUAGUUAGGGCUGUUAACGAUGAAGUAUAUGGGAAAUUUGGUGGAGUUGGUGGACAGAAGAUGAAUAAAGAUGCGGGAAAGAAUAGCGUAAAGAUAUGUGUUCUUGAUGCUAGAGGAUAUGCAUCGGCUUUUGGUAAUGGGUAUUCUGGAGGCGGAUAUGAGAAUAUAGAAAACUAUCCGCCAAAUACUACGCUUCACUUUUUGGGUCUCCCCAACAUCCACUCGAUAUCGUCUUCCCACACGAACCUACUUCGUGCAAUAUCAUCCAAUGCCUCGGCUCCUAACUGGUUCUCUGUUAUCGAAUCCACUGGAUGGCUAGGACACGUUGCGGAUUUGUUAAAGGCUGCUGGAGGUAGACAUGGUGUUGUGGGUCGAAUUGUAGAUGACGGAGCUAGCGUUUUAGUGCAUUGCACUGAUGGAUGGGACAGAACAACACAGUUAGUUUCGUUAGCACAGAUAAUGCUUGACCCAUAUUUUCGUACAAUUAAGGGCUUCCAAGUAUUGAUAGAAAAGGAAUGGCUAGCCUUUGGUCAUCCGUUUCGCUCCAGAGGUGGCUUACCGUUGUCUCCCCAAUGUUCUUCAAUUUUUCCUACAAUUUCAUCUCCUCCCCCUAAUCGCCAGCUCCAUCAGCCGCCGUCAGUUCCAUCUCCUGUGUUUCUACUCUUCUUAACCUGCGUACAUCAUCUCAUUCAGCAAAACCCAGACAAAUUCGAGUAUAAUGAUUUUCUGUUGCUUUGCUUAGCAAGGGCAGCUGGGGGAAACUCGCCGUAUGGUGACUUCUUGUGUAACUCAGAACGCGAAAGAACAUGUGUCGGACUAAGAGAAAACACUAUAAGCAUUUGGGAAUUUGUCAGAGUACGGAAGAAGUUUUUCAUUAACACCGCGUACAGAAGACCUCAAUACAAUCAGAACAACAUAACGCAGGAUACUAGGCAGUGCAUUAUAGAACUGUCAACUAACGCAAGAUCGAUUGGGCUCUGGGAAGAAUAUUACUUCCCCAAGGAUGAUAUUUCUAUAUCUCUCCUCUGCACUCCUCUUGAUACAGAGUUUGUUUCUCCACAUGUAACUCGAGCUUUCCCUCGCCUGGGCUAUGUGGGUAACAUGCCGGGACUUACGUCUGAAUAUUAUCUUGCCAACCUGUUUAUCAAAAGACGUAGGCGAAGGUUGAUCGCUCUUGUUUGGCGCACAUGGAGAGGGGCGUGUAGAAAUGAGCAAACUGGCGGGAGUAAAAAAUUCAAGGGAGUGAAAAGAACGAUCGGAGACGACAAGGAGUGUAUAAUCAAUAACGUAGAAAAAUUAACUAUUGAUGGCAAUAAUAUUACUGGAGAAAGAAGUGGGAAGAGGCGAUCAGCCGACGGGAAGCAAAAUGAUACUUGGGUGAGGAAUGGAGCAAUGAUAGGAGACAUUAUGGUCGAAGAAGAUAACUGGGAAGUGGAUAUUAUUGAUAAUGACACUACCAGUGUGAAUAGUAACGGAGAAGAUGAAACUGAAAACGAGGAAACAAAGAUCAAUGAAGGUUCAGGACAAGCCUCAGGAGAACAGGUGCCUCGAAUGGUAAUCGUUGUAAAGAAUACUCACGAGCAUGAAGGUUCUAAAGGGAUAAAAUCAAGAUUGGCACCUCAACCAGUAUCAUCGAGGACAUCCAAAUCAUUUCCAAGAUCAUCUGCCAAACCGUCGUUAAAAUCGCCAAAAACGCUAUCAAAACCGUCCAUAGCAUUUCCUUAUGUACCGCACUCCUCAUCCUCUUCAAACUCAUGCCCUAGAUCUUUGGCAAGUAGUAGUUAUGAUUGGGUCGAUGUGAAGAAUGAAGAAGAUGAGGCAAAAACAUUAUGCGAGUUAUUACAUGAAGCACAGAGAGACGAAGUUUUUCGCGUGAAGAGAAGGAAGAGUACGGGGAAAAACUCUCAUAUGAGAAACUGUAUGGGUAGUCGGAACGGGACUGCCAACGAGAAGGCCAUAGCAUAUGCCAUCCGCAACGCCACUAACGAGUUGAUUACGGACAAGAAUAUAUCAUCACAUCCAGCAGAUACAGCAUCGGAUGAAACUAUAACUACAGACAUUCCAGGUGCACUUCCGUCUCGGACUUUCGUGGACAAUUAUUUCUCUUCUGAUCUUGCCUCUUCGUUAUGUUUAGAGACGAGUGCUCCUGAUUCGGGAGAAUUUGUAUUUGUGUAG